UUCUUUCAAGAGUGAAUCGAAACGUCUUCUUAUCCUUCCUUUCUUUUCACAACAAAAUUAAAUGCAUUCUUUGAUUAUUCUUUAGCUCGGUUACUUUUUUUCUUGUCUAUAAAAGAAGCAACAAACACAAACACAUAGCUUUACUGAAAAAACAUCAAACACUUGAUUCACAGUACUGUCAUCUGCGAGAGGGAGAGAUAGAGAAAAGAAAAAUGGUGUCAGCAAUCAAGUUCUUUCAGCUGAACACAGGGGCUAAAAUCCCUUCCGUUGGCCUUGGAACCUGGCAAGCUGAUCCUGGUGUUGUAGCCAAAGCUGUCACCACUGCCAUUCAGGUUGGAUACAGGCAUAUUGAUUGUGCUCAAGCCUACAAUAAUCAAGCUGAGAUUGGUUCUGCACUCAAGAAGCUUUUUGAUGAUGGUGUGGUUAAGCGCGAGGACUUAUGGAUCACCUCCAAACUCUGGUGCUCAGAUCAUGCUCCAGAAGAUGUGCCAAUAGCAUUUGAUAGAACUUUGCAGGAUUUGCAGCUUGACUACAUUGACCUCUAUCUGAUCCACUGGCCAAUCCGCACGAAAAAGGGAGCAGUUGGAUUUAAGCCUGAAAAUCUUGAUCAACCUGACAUACCCAGCACAUGGAGAGCAAUGGAAGCACUGUUCGACUCUGGCAAGGCGAAGGCUAUAGGAGUGAGCAAUUUCUCGUCAAAGAAGCUUCAAGAUCUGCUGGAGAUAGCUAGAGUGCCUCCUGCUGUCAACCAAGUGGAAUUGCACCCAGGAUUUCAGCAGCCAAAGUUGCAUGCGUUCUGUGAAUCUAAAGGAAUUCAUCUAACUGGAUAUUCACCACUGGGCUCACCAGGAGUUUUCAACAGCGACAUCCUUAAGACAUCAGUGAUCACAGAAGUUGCUGAGAAAUUAGGGAAGACGCCAGCCCAAGUUGCUCUCCGGUGGGGCCUGCAAGCAGGACAUAGUGUGCUGCCUAAGAGCACAACUGAGGUCAGGAUCAAGCAAAAUUUUGAUGUAUUUGACUGGUCUAUUCCUGAAGGCCUGUUUGCCAAGUUCUCUGAAAUUAAGCAGGAGAGGCUAAUUAAGGGUACUUUUGCUGUUCACGAGACCUAUGGUGCCUAUAGGAACGUUGAAGAACUCUGGGAUGGUGAACAGUGAGCAGCAUUCGACAUUGAGAUGAUGAAAACUGCACUGCUGCUACCAGAUGCAAACCACCAAUUGUUAUGUUUUCGGGUAUUGAGAUUCAGAGUGAAGUUAUUGUUGAUGAUGAAACAGAAAAAGAAACCAUGCUAAUUUUCAUAUAUGUAAACUUUUGUUCAAAAUAAGAGCAGUGAAUUUGACAAAUGUAAUGGCCAAAAGAAAUUGAUAUUCAUGUUUUGCUUUCUUCAAUCUAAUCAAAUCAGCGGUGAUUAAUGUCGA